AUGUCCGAGGUAAAAAAUGUUGAAGUUGAUCCACAGCCCGGCAAACAGACGGUCCACUCGAUGAAUCUCUUAAUUGCAGCUCGACAGAGAACGACGCAAGGUGGCGUGCAGGGCAAUGUUUGUGUUGGACUUUGUCUUUCUAAGACGUGCACAAGAUCUAAGACUAAGCAGCAAAUAUUUUUCACACAUUUGAAUGUUUCACUAAUCCGCACCUUGUUCUCGCUUAACAUUCCAAACAAUUACUUCGUUCUAGCAGGUUGCCUGAUGUUAAGAUGGAGUGCUGGCAUGUUUCUCGAGUUCGCAUCUUGCGAAGAUUGCAUGAAAGAUUGUAUGAAGAAUUGCACGAAAGAUUGUAUGAAGGAUUGCACGAAAGAUUGUAUGAAGGAUUGCAUGAAAGAUUGUACGAAGGAUUGCACGAAAGAUUGUAUGAAGGAUUGCAUGAAAGAUUGUAUGAAGGAUUGCACGAAAGAUUGUAUGAAGGAUUGCAUGAAAGAUUGUAUGAAGGAUUGCAUGGAAGAUUGCUUGAAGGAUAGCGUGGAUGAUUGCACUUAA